UUUGACUGCGGCAUGCGCGCGAGCUCGCCGUGCGGUGCACGUUGCUUGACGCAGCAACAAACCACUCUGGCGCGGCGCAAGCCACUGAAAAACAAUGGGCCUCAAAGUGCAGCGGGGCUGUUGUUGCGACACAGCCCGACAGCCUGCAUAUAAACUCAGCACAACUGCUGCUUCAGCAUCAGUCCUCGGUGAGACGAGUGAAGUCUCCGAAUCGACAUCUUGAGCAUCAACACCUUCAGACAAAAAUGGACCUCCGAACAACAGUUUCUCUUCUGCUGCUGCUUCUGGGCCUCUGUAAGGCUCACAGUGAGGACAUCUCCACGACUAUUCUGAGGAUGAACAGUGAAUAUAGUGAAUUUCUGCUGGAAGGAGAUGUGAUGAUUCCAAAAACCAGGAAUGCUAUGAAGUGUCUUCAAGGCGCAAACUCCUGUCUGUGGCCAAAGUCUGCUAAUGGGAAAGUGGAAAUUCCUUUCAUUAUAAGCGAUGCAUAUGAAAACACUGAGAGGAAUACGAUUGUACAGGCCAUGAAGGGCAUUGAAUCCAAAACCUGCAUCAGCUUCAUUCCACAGUCAACUGAGACGUCGUACUUAAGCAUUGAAUCAAUGAAUGGCUGUGCCUCUUUAGUGGGUCGUACUGGAGGCAAGCAGUUGGUGUCAAUGCAGAGGAGUGGCUGCUUACAGAAUGGAAUCAUCCAGCAUGAACUGCUGCACGCGCUCGGCUUCUACCACGAACACACUCGGAGCGACCGUGACCAGCAUGUCACAAUCAACUGGCAAAACAUCCUCAAUGGUUUAGCCUAUAACUUCCAAAAGAAAGACACAAAUAAUCUCAACACUAUGUAUGACUACUCUUCUAUAAUGCAUUAUGGAAGAACUGCCUUUGGAAACAAUGGAUUGGAAACCAUCACUCCCAUCCCUGACGCCUCCGUUUCCAUCGGCCAGAGAGUGGGAUUGUCCACCAUCGACAUUCUCAAGAUCAACAAACUGUACAACUGCUAGAAUUGCACGAGAUUAAGGAUUACUGUAGUAUGUUUUGAUUCUGACAUGAAUACCACCUACCUCAUGU